AUGCCUUUGACUAAUGCAUCUCCUUUCCAUACAGUUGCGCAGAAGUUGUUUCCCAACACUCCGCAAGUGGCCGUGUUCGACACAUCGUUCCACUCGUCUAUGCCAGACUACGCAUACAUCUAUCCCAUUGACUACAAGUACUAUACCGACGACAGAGUGCGUCGCUAUGGUUUCCACGGCACCAGUCAUCAGUAUGUGGCAACGCGAGCGGCGGCACAUUUGGGCAAAGCGCUGUCAGUGACUAAUCUCAUCACACUGCACGUGGGCAACGGUGCCAGUGCAUCAGCAAUCAAAGACGGCCGAGUGGUAGACACCAGCAUGGGCCUCACUCCCCUGGAGGGCCUGAUGAUGGGCACACGAUGCGGUGACAUUGAUCCGUCCAUCCUUGGCUACCUGGUGGAGCGUGGGUAA